GUAAUCUCUGGUCUGGUUCUUUUUGAAGAAGUGGGGAAAGGUUGAACUCAUUUUUAUGCAUUUAUUCAGACAGGACACACUUAGAUGAGCUGGAGGCAGCCGAUGUGGAUGACGUCUCUUAGAGGAUUAUUUAAUAGAAGACCAAAGUUAAGGGUUGAUCAAGUCAAGGUUUAUGUAACUUAUCCCCUUGAAUUAUAACUUUAAAACUUAUCGAAUCAAUAUAAGUUUAUAGCUGAGAGAGCCAGCUGGUGUGUCCUGUGAAAGAAAAGCAUCCUCUGAGCUUGCCGCUGGUCAGGUGUGAUGGAAGAAACAUGUCUGCUGCUCUAGAGGAAUACUGCGGCUCUGUUUUCUGGAAUGCCUCGUACCUGCAGCGUCCGGUGCUGGUGUGGUUUUAUUUGUCUUUCCUGUGGCUUUGUGCUCCGUGGCACUUUGCUAAUCUCUGUAAGAAAUCAGCUAAAGCUCCGCUCUCAAAACUCUACAUCUGCAAACAGGUUGUGGCUGGCCUGCUGCUCCUGACAGCGAUAGCGGAGCUGGCUCUCACUCUCGGAGAGGAUUAUGGGCCGUCGAGUGAUUCCACAGUUCAGAAUCACCCAGCGGUGCUCUACACCAAUCCAGUUCUGUUCGCCGUCUCAUGGAUAGUUGUGAUGCUGUGCCAGGAGUGUGUGCGGCGCAGGCCGAGAGCUGUGGACUCCGGGAGUCUCUUCGUGUUCUGGCUGCUUCAGGUGGUGUGUGCCGUCUUCCAGUUCCAGAGCUUACUGAGAGACGCACUGAACAAGGAAGAAAUCGCUGAUCUUCCGCGCUUCUGCCUGUUCUACAUCAGCUACGGACUGCAGCUGAUCGCCUUGGUUUUAUCAGCCAUCGCUGACGUUUCACCUGAGGUUAAACGAAUUUCACAAAUGAAUCCUGAAGCCAGAGCAACCUUUCUCAGCAGAAUCACCUUUAACUGGUUUAACAGCAUGGUAAUCAAAGGCUAUAAGAGGCCUCUGGUUCAGGAGGACAUGUGGGAUCUGAAUGAGAAGGACUCCUCUCAGGCCUUCUGUCAGGGGUUUGAGGAGGUUAUGGCAAAAGAGCUGAUAAAGGCCCGCUGCAGCCUGCAGAAGAAACAAAAUAAACGAAAGACUAAAAGUGAUCAUCAGAACGGCUUGGCCAAAGGAGUCAGUCAGGAUGUUCUAGUUAUGGAGGAGACAGGAAAGAAGAAAGAAAAAAAGAAGAAGAAAAAGGAUUCUGAAUCCGAGUAUCCUAAUUCCUGGCUGGUUCCCACCAUCGCUAAAACCUCCAAAGCUGUGCUUCUAGAGUCGGCCUUCUACAAACUGAUACAAGACCUUCUCUCAUUUGCAAGCCCACAGCUUCUGAAGUUAAUGAUCUCCUUCACUCAGGACAAAUCCAGUCAUGCAUGGACUGGUUACCUGUAUGCCGUGCUGCUUCUGGUGGUGGCUUUUUUACAGUCAGUUAUUCUACAACAGUAUUUCCAGCGAUGUUUUAUCCUGGGUAUGAAAGUACGCACAUCUCUCAUGGCUGCUGUUUAUAAGAAGGCAUUAGUCGUGUCUAACGACUCUAGGAAAGAGUCGACCGCUGGAGAGAUAGUCAACCUGAUGUCAGCGGACGCCCAAAGAUUUAACGACGUCACCAACUUCAUCCAUCUGCUGUGGUCGUGUCCGCUGCAGAUCGCUCUGGCCAUCGCCUUCCUCUGGAUCGAGCUGGGUCCCUCUGUCCUGGCCGGUCUGCUGGUCAUGGUGCUGAUGGUGCCCAUCAACGGCUGGCUGGCCACCAAAUCCAGGGGCUUCCAGAUGGAGAACAUGAAAUUUAAAGACAAGCGCAUGAAAAUUAUCAAUGACAUAUUGAAUGGAAUAAAAGUUCUGAAGUAUUAUGCCUGGGAAUCAUCUUUUGAGGCUCAGGUUCAGGAAAUUCGAGAGAAGGAGCUGAAGGUGAUGAGGAAGUUUGCCUACCUCUCAUCGGUCUCCACCUUCAUAUUUUCAUGUGCUCCAGCUAUUGUGUCUCUGGCGACCUUCGCUGUAUUUGUGUCUGUGAGUCCUGAUAACAUCCUGGAUGCAGAGAAAGCUUUUACCUCCAUCUCACUCUUUAACAUACUGCGCUUCCCACUCGCCAUGCUCCCACAGCUGAUUUCCAUCAUGGUGCAGACCGCUGUGUCGAAGAAAAGACUCGAGAAAUUUCUAAGUGGUGAUGAUCUGGACACAAUGGCGAUAACGCGUGACGACAGCCACAGUGCCGCUGUGAGCAUGACUGACGGCACAUACGCCUGGGAAAGAGACACAGAACCAGUUCUGAAAAAUAUACAACAGAUGCAACUAAAACUGUAAGUAUUACUGCUGUGUGUUAGCAGGAGUGUGUUGUCUCUCUGGUCACUGAUAUCCGCUCUGCUGGGAGAACUGCACAGCCUCAAGGGUCGCAUUAAUAUCAAAGGGUCUGUAGCGUUCGUGCCACAGCAGGCCUGGAUUCAGAACGCCACUGUAAUGGACAACAUCCUGUUCGGCUCUAAUCUGGAUGAGGAGCGUUACCGGUCUGUGGUGGACGCGUGCGCGCUCGGGCCUGACCUGGAUCUUCUGCCAGGAAGAGAUCAAACUGAGAUCGGUGAGAAGGGCAUCAAUCUGAGUGGAGGACAGAAACAGCGGGUGAGUCUGGCCAGGGCAGUCUACAGCUCCGCAGACGUGUACCUUCUGGAUGACCCUCUGUCUGCUGUAGACUCACAUGUGGGGAAACAUCUGUUUGAAAGGGUGAUCGGACCCACAGGACUGCUCAAAGACAAGACUCGUAUCCUGGUGACUCAUGGAAUCAGCUUCCUGCCGUAUGUAGAUGAGAUCGUUGUAUUGGUAAAUGGGGUGGUGUCUGAGGUAGGCUCAUACGACGGCCUUCGCGCCAGUAAAGGAGCUUUCUCUGAAUUCCUGGAAACGUACGGCAAAGAAGAAAGCAGCAACGCUAAUGCCAAUAAAGCAUCAGCUCAGGAGUCAGACUUCGAGCAGAUUGAGAUGCUGCCGGAGGGUUUGGAGCCACAGGCUGAUGGCUGUCCUGAGGACAUUGUCUCAAGCACACUAAAGAGAGAAAACAGCUUGCGCCACAGCCAGCGGCACAGCAAACAAAAUGGAAGUAUGAGAUUGAGGAAAAACAGCUCAGUUCGAUCCAAAAAAGACUCUGGUGAUAAGAAGGGACAGCGACUCAUUGAGAAAGAAACAAUGGAGACAGGAAGGGUGAAAUUCUCAGUGUAUCUUCAGUAUCUGAGGUCUAUGGGCUGGUGUUUCAUCACCUGGAGUUUCCUGUUCUACUUCAUCCAGAAUGUGGCCUUCAUUGGUCAAAACCUGUGGCUCAGUGACUGGACUGAGGAUUCUGUAGAAUAUUUCAACACAACCUACCCAAAUCAUAUUAGAGACAUGAGAAUAGGUGUCUUCGGAGCCCUGGGAUUGGCACAAGGUUUUUUGGUGUUUUUAGGCACUAUACUCCUAGCUGAUGGAUCCAUUUCUGCAUCCAGGACUCUACACACAAGUCUGCUGUCUAAUAUUCUGAAAGUACCCAUGGUGUUCUUUGAUACCACACCUUCAGGACGAAUAGUCAAUCGUUUUGCUAAGGAUAUAUUUACAGUAGAUGAGAUAAUCCCGAUGUCCUUCAGAUCCUGCAUUCUCUGUCUUCUUGGAGUUCUGGGGACAUUGUUCGUUAUCUGUCUGGCGACUCCAAUCUUCACCGCAGUUGUUGUACCUAUAGCUGUUAUCUACUACUUUGUCCAGAGGUUCUAUGUAGCUACAUCCCGGCAACUCAGACGACUGGACUCUGUAUCUCGAUCUCCCAUAUACUCCCACUUUGGAGAAACGGUAUCAGGAAUCUCUGUGAUAAGGGCAUAUGGGCACCAGCAACGCUUCCUAAAGCAAAAUGAGGACACCAUUGAUCAGAAUCUCAAAAGUGUCUAUCCUUGGAUUGUUUCUAAUAGGUGGUUGGCCAUGCGUUUGGAGUUCCUGGGGAAUCUGGUGGUGUUUUUCUCAGCUUUGUUUGCUGUGAUCUCUCGUGACUCUUUGAAUAGUGGACUGGUUGGACUGUCCAUCUCAUACGCCUUAAAUGUGACUCAAACUCUGAACUGGCUUGUGAGAAUGACAUCAGAAUUGGAGACCAACAUUGUUGCUGUGGAAAGAGUGAGGGAAUAUGCAGAGAUAAAAAAUGAGGCUCCAUGGAUCACCAGUAAUCGUCCUCCAGAUGACUGGCCCACAGCUGGGAAUAUUCAUUUUGAAAACUACAAAGUUCGAUACAGGCCUGAAUUGGAGCUCAUUCUCCAUGGAAUCACAUGUGAUAUUCAAAGCACUGAGAAGAUUGGCAUUGUUGGUCGAACCGGUGCAGGCAAAUCCAGUCUGACCAACUGUUUGUUUCGCAUUAUUGAAGCUAGUGAAGGUCAAAUCCUCGUUGAUGGUAUUGACAUCUCCACCCUGGGGCUUCAUGAUCUCAGGAGCAGACUUACCAUCAUUCCACAGGACCCAGUACUCUUCUCUGGAACUCUGCGGAUGAAUCUGGACCCUUUCGAGAAGUUUAGUGAUGAGGAGAUAUGGAGCGUUCUGGAGCUGGCUCAUCUCAAAGAUUAUGUUCGGGGUUUGCCAACAGGACUUCAACACGAGGUCUCGGAGGGUGGAGAGAAUUUGAGUGUUGGUCAGAGGCAGCUGCUGUGUCUCGCCCGGGCCUUGCUCAGGAAAUCCCGUAUACUGAUCCUGGAUGAAGCCACCGCAGCCGUGGAUCUGGAGACAGACGAUCUCAUCCAGAACACCAUCCGCACAGAGUUUUCCCACUGUACCGUGCUCACCAUCGCACACAGGCUGAACACUAUUCUGGACAGUUCACGGGUAAUGGUCCUGGAUUCUGGGAAGAUCGUGGAGUUUGAUUCGCCCAGUGUAUUGCUGAACAACAAACAGGGACAUUUCUAUGCAAUGGCUAAGGAUGCUGGAAUCAGAGGAGGGGAAACCAGUAAACCUACAGAUAUAUCUACUGACCUAUGAUGUUUAGCGUUGUUCUAUUUCUCUUUUAAAACUUGACUAGUCUUGAGGACCAAAAUAUUAAAAUGUUAAGCAUUUAUAGUAUUAUUCUCUAUAAUCCUGUUAUUUUUUGUUGGUGUGUUGACAUGGAUUUAUAUGUUGUGGCAAUAAAGUUUAUUAAAUUUA